AUGACCCGGCGCGGCGGCGAGGAGCACAACAGACCCCUCCAAUGAAAGGAUGGGGGGCAGCAGCUGAACCACCACAGACUGGAUCCGGGGCCGAGCUCGCGGCUCACUCCCCGCUGACUUUCUCUGGAUCUAUCCGCCGGUCCGCGCCAACAUGCCAUUCGCCAAAAGAGUCGUGGAGCCGCAGUUGCUGUGCAGGUAUCACAUCCCCAGCGAGGAGGCUCUGCUCUUCGAGGACCUGGUCUCCAUCAGUAAUGUGGCUCUGUCUCGGACCCUGCGCCAGCUGUCGGACCUGGCCAAGCACGCCUGCUCCAUUUUCCAGGAGCUGGAGAGCGACCUGGCCUCGACCAGCGAGCGGGUCCGGGGGCUGCAGGGCAAGAUCAGCCUGCUCCAGGAGACCUGCUCCGAGCUGGACCCCAAGCAGGAGGCAGUGCCUGUGUCCAACCUGGAUGUGGAGAGCAAGCUGACCACGCAUUACCAGGCUCCCUGGCACCAGCAGAGGAACAUCCUCCACCCCUCUACCCGGCCAGCAUGUGUGGACGAGCUGCACAGGCAAGCCAGCUUCAGCCUGUGGGCCCUGCAGCGAGAUCACCAGAGGAGACGAUCAGGCAGCAGGGAGCGGAGGGUCACCAUCUCCAUCUCCAACCUGCCCCCGAUGCCCAUGUACCCCUCCCCUCAGGCUGUCCAGAGGCAAGAGAAGCAGGGCCCCAACUUGACCACGUUUGAGUCCACACGUUCCUCCUCCCCCACCGAAUGUUGCCGCUUCUCCCCCUGGAGCAGAAAGGCUGCGCCCUCUGACCCCGACUCUGACGGGGUGGCUCUAGGUCACCGGUCUAAGUUUCCCAUCUCUAACAUCCCCUCCACCCUGGACAAGCAGACUAACUGGACUAAAGCUCUGCCGCUGCCCACGCCAGAGGAGAGAAUGAAAUGCAAUUCCCAAGUCAUCACCUCAUGCGUCAUCCCCAUUAACGUGACCGGGGUUGGCUUUGACAGAGAUGCCAGUGUGCGCUGCUCGCUGGUUCACUCGCAGUCUGUGCUUCAGAGGAGACGGAAGCUGAGGAGACGGAGGACUGUCGCCGGCGUUCCCAGACAGGUGCAGCAGGACUUAGAUUCUGACGACUCUCCGGGCUCCAGAGAGAGGACGGUGAUCGUUCACACCAGCCCAGAUACCACUCCGUUCAUUGACGAGCUCGCCAACCAUCUCAACACCAGAGAUUCAGGGUGCCAAACGGAGGACUUCCUGAUAUCAGGAGCUCCAUCUCGUAGGAGGAUCAGAGCCCAGAGAGGCCAGGGAGUCUCGCUCAGCCUCUCCCACUCGGCGGGAAACAUCUCCUCCCUGCCCGACAGUGUCGAGGCCAUGUUUACAGCCUCCGUGGGAGUCCGCCUGCGAUCCCGGAGCCUGCCGCGAGACUCCAGCCGGCUGAUGGACAACGGCCACAACGAAAGCGACGACGACAACGAGGAAGAGGAGUUAUCCCCUUUCAAUGCGGAGAGUUUCAUGCCGGGGCCCAUGGAGCUGAUUCUGAAGGACGAGGAGGAGAGCACGGACGACCAGGCGGCGACCACGCACCCACUGGGCGGCCUGAAGUACAAGCAGCUGUCGGAGAGUCCGGAGCGCAGCUGGAUGGAGCGCAGCAGGGCUCACCUGCCCCGAAAGGCUGACAUGGGCAGCUGCGAGAUCUCGUCCAGCUCCGACACCUUCAGCAGCCCCGUCCACUCGGUGUCCGCCGCCGGGGUGCUGGGGAGCCAGAUGGACCACAAGGACGACCACCAGUCCUCCAGCGGGAACUGGAGCGGGAGCAGCUCCACCUGCCCCUCCCAGACGUCGGAAACCAUCCCCCCCGCGGCGUCCCCGCCCCUCACCGGCUCCUCGCACUGCGACUCCGAGCUCUCUCUGAACGCCGCCGGACACGCCAACGACGACCAGACCGGCUUCAUGCUGGACCAUUAUCAGGGCCUCAGGACGCAGCGGGCCGGCUCCUUCUCCUCCACGGCGAUGGAUAUAUUAGAGGAAGUCGGCGUCGGCACUCCCAUAGAGGGGGACUGGAGUUACUCUCAGCCGGAGCCUCCUCAUUCGCAGAACUUCAGUCCCGAGCCGAGCCGAGAGGCGGAGAGCAGCCUGGGCUGCCCCAGCUUCACCAGCAUGGCCACCUGCGAGAGCAGCUUCUCCGACAAGCCGCCGUCGGAGAAGGCCGACACCGUCUCACACUACUCCGUGGACACCGAGGGCUACUACACCUCCAUGCACUUUGACUGCGGUCUGAAAGGGAGCAGAAGCUUCACGUAUAACUAUGCACCCUGCGGCUCGGACCGCAGUCUGUCUGAGUUGAGUGGUCACAUGACUCUGGGCCGACGCUGCCUCUCUUUGAGGAAAGCCAAGGCGAAGCCAUCUCCGCCUAAGAGGAGCUCAUCCUUAAGAAAAAUAUGCAGUGAGGGAAACAUCCCUGACAGGAAAGAACCAAAGAUGACCUGUGGCCAGCAGCUCCCCCUGUCCUGCAAGGAGAAGCGACUGCAGCUCUGCUUCUCCGGCUCUCCGGGUCAAACAGAAAGCUCCUCUGUCCUCAGUGAGCCCCUCGUGGCGUGGGGGGUGGAGAGCUCCACCGAUUUGCCCGACUUGGGUGUGUUAAGCUCCACAGAUGCGCAUUCCUUUAAGGAUGAAGGCGCUGUGCAGUCGGACUACGCGGACCUGUGGCUCCUGAACGACUUGAAGACCAGCGAUCCUUACCGGUCGCUGUCCAACUCCAGCACGGCCACAGGCACGACCGUCAUCGAGUGCAUCAAGUCGCAGGAGAGCUCCGAGUCGCAGACGUCCCUGUCGGGGUCCAGAGCCACCACCCCCUCCUUACCGUCGGUGGACGGAGACUUCAAGCUGACCUCCCCGGAGAAGCUGGCGGGCUUGGCGAGCCCGUCCAGCGGCUACUCCAGCCAGUCGGAGACACCCACGUCCUCAUUCCCCUCGACCUUCUUUCCCGGGCCGCUGUCACCCGCAAGUGGCAAGAGGAAACCCAAGGUCCCCGAGAGGAAGUCCUCGCUGUCGUCACUGUCGCUGCAGUCUCUGUCCUGCAGGGACGUGGCCUCUUCCAAGAAAGAUCUGGAGCUGCCCAUCAUCCCCCCCUCACACCUCGACUUAAGUGCCCUUCAGAGUGUCAACAGCAAGGCGUCAGCUUACAGGAACCAGAUACAAAUCCUGCAUCAAAACAAACAGAAAUUAGCGCCGCCAGCCAAACAUGCACCGCCUCCCACCUCCGAGGUGUUCAGUGCCCAUUCCUUAUCCAUCACUCCCUCCGUGCUGCACUCAGUGCAGCUCCGGUCCGUCAGCAAGGAGCUUGAAGACAAGCAUGAGGCAGCUUCCAGACUCCAGUCUGCCACUGUGAACGCGCUUUCUAGUAAUAAUUCUGUUGAGCUCAAGAGUCCUUUGCAUUGCAACUCCCAUCAGGACAAGUCUGCAAAGGAGGCGUGGGAAUCGGCAUUUACCUCAAACAGUGAGUUCACCAGUGGCGGCUCCGGAUAUCAGCCGGACAGAGAGCCUCCUUCAGAGAGCGUGACGGCGGUCGGGCUGCAGCCGGAGCCAUGUGUGGACCUCGCCGGUGCCGACGACCCCGAGGGGCCUGCCGUUCUGGAGGGAGACGCCUGCAAAGAGACGUCGGUCAGCUGUGAGGACUUCGGCUCUCAGUCCGAGCCUCUACAGCGGCAGCAGCCGGAGCUGUCCGAGGACGAAGCCUGUCCCUCGCCACCCAUUCUGCACAGUUCGCCCAAGAGAUGGAGCAAUCUCAACCAAGUGCCUGCGACUGAUGGCGAGCCGGAAACGCUGCGAGCCAGUCCGAUCGUCAGCGAAAGCGGCAACGAUGUGGAAAAUGACUCAUCGGGCGUUUCGGCCGAAAGUGCCUCGCCUGACAGCAAGGAGGACGUGGAGGAAUAUUCCAGUCAAGACUCCACGCCCAGUGACAGAGCGGCGUCGCCGCCACACGAUGAGACAAGGCCAGAAAACGACAACGUGUUCCUGUCGCCCACCAAAGCUCGCACCACCGAGGAUCUGUUUGCAAUGAUCCACAGGUCUAAAAGGAAAGUGUUGGGGAGGAAGGACUCGUCCGAGCUGGGCGUGAGGAGCCGUCUGGGCGCUGCGUCGGGGAACACGCCGCCGGGCAGCACGGCCGGCUCCCCGGUCUCCAUGCUGUCUCCCGCCUCCUCCCCGUCCCCCUGCUCCGCCUCCCCUGCCGCGACGCCGCCGGCCUCGCAGAGGGUUCCCGGUCCCAUCUACAGAAACGCCAAGAAGUCCAGCACCUCCAACGAGGAGUUCAAGCUGCUGCUGCUCAAGAAGGGAAGCCGCUCGGACUCCAGUUACCGCAUGUCGGCCACAGAGAUCCUCAAGAGCCCCGUCGCCCCAAAAUCACCCGGAGACUCCCUGACGGAGUCGCCCAGAGCGCCGGAGGAGCCCGGCUCCCCGCUGCUGUCGGGCCAGGAGCAGCUCUCUGGCGGCGGCCCGUACCCCAAGGCCAACACCGAGGGCUUCUCCCCAAAGCCCUCGGCCGCUGCCUCCAGGCAGGGGCGCUCCAGGAUCCCUCCGCCCGCCAACAGCAGCCGCUACGGAAUGCGCAGCCGGCUGUACUCGGCGCCCAUGCAGGCCAUCUCCGAGGGCGAGACGGAGAAUUCAGACGGGAGCCCUCACGACGACCGCUCGUCGCAGGGCUCCACGUAGAAACCAGAGGGCAGAGGCGUCGCCAUUUUACUCAGUUUACAGUCAAGACAAACGGACCAGAAUGAAAUAUAAUAUAUAUGAAAUGCAGCAAGAGCAGCAGAGUGAAUGAGGUUCCUCUGGAGUAAACGUUAGGUCAUGAGUCUAGUAACUGUGUUUGAAUUUUUAUGAUUUUUUUUUUUUCUGUGGAAACAAUUUUAGCUGUGUUUCAUACAAACUGUAUUUCUAAUGAACUUAUCUUUAUGAAACAAACAGAUGGCAUUAGACCCAAUUUUUAUAUCAAAUUUAUUCUGUGAAAAAAAAAAAAUAUAUAUAUAUAUAAUGCUUAAAAGUUAAAAAAAAAAAAAAAAAAAGUAACUCCCCGUUCAGAAGG